AUGCCCCAUUCUUACCCUCAUGCCGAGGGCUCAAACUACCCGCAACAGGAUAGAUCUAACCAACCAGGUAGACCACCACCCAUCAACCUUCCUCAAAAUCCUUAUGGUCAUCCAUCUCAUCCUAAGCCUCAUGAUCACCAUGCUCACCAACACCAUCAGCAUCAGCAUUCUGACCAGGUACCACAGGUACAAGGGUACUACCCACCUCCACCACCUCCCAAUAUCUUCUAUGCUGCCGAGAAUCAACCUCCUGGUCCACCCGUCAAUAUGACAUUGAAUCAACCUUACGAUUCGAGCUUUCAGCCGAAAAUCGAACAUGAUGGUCCAUCCGUACUGAUACCUCAACAUCAGCUUCCACCCAAUUAUUUUGAUCACCAACAGCAGCAGCAUCAACAGAUGCAACACUCGAUUAUAGUAUCUCCUUACGAGAUGCCAUCGGGAAGUGGAUCAUCACAUAAUCCCAAUAUGGCUGAAUACUUUCCUCCUCUACAUACGCCUACAGGUGUACCGAUGGACAGUGGAUCUUCUCAUAACACAGCCAUGCAAGAUUAUUUCCCUCCCCCUCUACCUCCCCCAUCCCAUGAUGUCAUGUCGAACGUUCCGAUCGACCACCACCAAGUUUGGCAGUCCGCCGUCCCCGCGCCACUUCCUACAGCUCAGUCCACCAAUUCGAAGAACAAUGCCUCAGCUGGACCUUCUGGCAAAUCUGAGAAACCAGGAUCGAAGACUACCCGACAGCAAUUCACAGCUUGUGGAGCAUGUAGGCAUAGGAGGGUCAAGUGCGACUUGAAAGAUAAGCAGGAAGCAGCGGAGAAAGCAACGAUGGAAGAUGAUGGAGUAGGACCCAGUAGGAGUAAAGGUGCGGCUAAGCAGAAGAAAGUGUCGUGUACCAACUGUAUAGAGAGAGGUUUAAAUUGCAUCGACGAGUUUGCCCCUCUGAAAGCCGCCAAGCAACUUCGACGAGGUAAAAGGAUAUCAGAAAUCGAAAUGCUAUUCGGUAAAACCGCUGCAAGUGCUGCGGUAGCUCAUCAGACGGGCGAACCCACCGCAGAUAUGUCACUAAGCCCGAUAAAAUCCAGAGAUGGAGGAGGAAUCAUACCUGACCUGACAAAAGAGUUCUUCGAUUCUGCGUUCUUCAGACGAUUCCAAGUUCAACGACCGGUUCUCGAUCCUCAGAAUUUCAUCGGAAGGUAUCUUUCCAACCCUAUCCCAUCAGCAUCCGCCAUGGGGCCUGAAGGAGCUAUCUUAUGCCAUGUCCUGUACGCUUGGGCCGUCUCGUAUGGCGUUGAUGAAUAUGGAAAACUCGAUGUUCCGGAAGGUGGGGGUGCUCCGUUGGAAGAUAUCAGUCUACUAGGUCCAGGAGAUGCAGAGAUGAACAGAGAAAACGAUAGGCAGAAGAGGAAGGAGAAAAUGAAAUUCGUCAUCGAGAUUAUCCUCAAAGAGAUUGAUGAAUAUGGGUUGAUGAGAAGACCUACUUGGGAUGGUGUCAGGGUCUUAUUAAUGGUUCUACCGUUGACAGAUGGUAUCGCAUCUCCCGUCGAGAGAUUGUCGAUGUAUGAAGCUGCCAUUUCCCAAGUCUUCACUCUCUGUUCCUUCGUUGCCAUGGGCUACGAUGGUCAACCCAGUGGUACCGCCGGGGUGAAUGGUGGGUCCGAUGAUCUAGAUGGACAGGAUCUGGUCCGGGUCAGAGUCAGGAUCUAUUGGUACGCAUUCGUACAUGAAGGUAUCACCACCGGUCUGAAAGGCGGCCGACUACAUCUGGACGAUGAAGAUCUGGAAACUAUGCAAGAUUCUAUCGACCAUAGAUCCCUUGUUCGGGAUUCAGCAGCAUUCAGGUUAUCAAGUAGAUUCGCUACCGCUCCCAUCAAUCUGGCUCUUGCCUGUCGGAAGAUCAACAAAGCUUUAACUGGACCUGCAGCCAAAAGACGGACUGCCGUUAACGCCGAUCUCGUUAAGCAAGCUUGGGAAGCCUUAGAAAGAUGUUGGGAGGAUUUCGACCAACUAAAAUACGAGGCGUCAGCUUCCGGACCUUCGUUCGCUCAGGGAGAUGAGGUGAUUCGCUUUGCAGAUGGAUGGAAGAUCUUCUUGUUCGAAGCUCAAAAUGUUAUUCGAACGAAUCUCGAAGACCGAAUAUCAAAGCUUGCCCAAGCUCAGACUACAGCUUUCAUCACUGAAUCUAGUCCAUCUACGCCCGAAGCCAUGCACAAUGACCUGCUCAACGCCCAACAUCUACUCGACAUAUCCAAAAGUAAAUGCGAUGUGCAAACUAGGCAGAUAAUGGAAAUUGUGCGAAGACAUGUUGGGACUAGAUUUUUCGAAUGGGAUGCCAGUCUGGUAAGGGAUGGAACGUACUAUACCGCCAUGCUGUUGGCUAGGGCCGGAGGAUCCGACGAGGAUAUUCAGAUCUGCAUCAGGGCAUUGAACGAAUUGAGAUGGGCUCAUGCCAAAGCGUGGGAACGAUCAAUUGAUCUUCGAAAAGAAUGGCAAGAACGACCUUCACCAGCAUCCAGUCAAGCUCAAACGGAUGGCACCUGGGAAGCCGUGUUAUCCGAUCUUGCUAAAUUGACAAAUGAUAGUCAGGAUACCACCCAGCCUAGUUUGCCUUCAGAUGCGCAAUCGAGGUCUACCACAAGCUCACAGUCUGCACAUCGUCAUCAUCAUCAUCAGCAGCAGCAGCAGCAUUACCAACAGCAACAUCACCAGCAUAUCCAUCAUCAACAUCAUCACCACACUCAUAACCAUAGUCAUCACAAUCGAAUAUCAUCACAUAAUAGCGAACCUACCCUAUCGACAACCUCGCCACCCUAUACUUCCCCACCUAUCGUUUCUCCUACCUUUGACAUAUCCGGUAUGUCAUUGGUGAGAGGAUAUAUUCCUGCGUCUAGUGACCAACGCAACGCAUACUCCUCAUCGGGCGCGGGAGGAUUGAUGGAACCAGUCGAUGAAAGUGUGACUUACGAUAAUUGGAUAAACUCGAAUCAGAGCGAUGGAGGUCAAUCCAUAUCAACGAAUUCAAGGAUAUAUAACCUCCAACCUCAGCAGCAGAAAUAUCAGAUAUUCACUACCCCUACUACGGAUGAUAGUAGUCAUAUGAUGCCUAAUCAUCUAGGUCCACCGCCUUUGAACUCCAAUCAGAUGAGUCUACAAGAUGGGAAUUAUCCGAUACCGAAUCCCAAUCCGAAUGGACAAGGGCAAGGGCAAGGUCAAGGUCAAUAUAUAAUGAAAGAAGAUGGCACCCACGUCUUUGUCCCAUACAAAUUUAUGUGA